AUGGGAUGGGCUGGAGACACGUGUUCCCAGCCCCACCCACGGGAAUCGUUUAUUUGCGGCCGGAAUUCUUUCGUAGGAAUUCCGAAACCUAUCAUAGGAACUCAUAGGAAUGACGCACUAAUUAUAGGAAUAAAAAAAAAUCAGGGAAUCCAAUUAUUAGCCAUGGGUGGGGCUGGAGACAAGUGUUCCAAGCCCCUCAGACGGGAAUCGUUUAUUUGCGGCCGGAAUUCUUUCGUAGGAAUUUCAAAACCUAUCAUAGGAACUCAUAGGAUUGACGUACUAAUUAUAGGAAUAAAAAAAAUUCAGGAAAACCAAUUAUUAGCCAUGGGAGGUGCUGGAGACACGUGUUCCCAGCCCCACCCAUGGGAAUCGUUUAUUUGCGGCCGGAAUUCUUUCGUAGGAAUUCCGAAGCCUAUCAUAGGAAUUCAUAGGAUUGACGUACUAAUUAUGGGAAUAAAAAAAAUUCAGGAAAACCAAUUAUAA